CAGCGCCAGCUACCUCAGCUCGCCUUUUUGUAGAUCAGCGUUUUGUGUGGUGCAGUUAAUAUUUUUUGCCCCCCGGCAUUCAUUAUUACAUUACAGAUUCGAACUCACUUGCGCCUCUGUGCUCAGUCGAUGUCGAGCAUAUCUCUGCCCUCAUUUUCGUGCCUUCGUGUGGUAGUGGCGUCGUCGUUCGUGGUCGGGACCGUGGAGUGGAUGCUUCUUGCUGGUGCUGGUGCUGGUGGUGCGUGUAGAGGAACAGCAACAGCAGCAGCAGCGGCCAGGGAGUGAGCGAGCGAGCGAGGGCGAGGGGAGGGCAGGGGCAGGCGAGGGGCAGGCGAGGGGGCGAGUUUGAAAUGUGGGCUAGAGUGCGGAUCCCGGAGGCAGGUCUGACGACGACGAGGCACGGUGGUGGUAGAGGUCUUUGAGGCAGAUCCGUCCGUGCAGCGCAGAAGUUGCGUGAUCGCCCUCGGACGAGACGAGACGAGAGGAGACGAGAGGAGCACGAGGAAUUAUGUAAGUGCUACGGCGGGCGAAGGUUGGCUGCACGGGGGCGAGGCGGCUUUUAGGGGUGGAAUGAAUGCAUGCCCUCCGUGUGCGAAGGCGGGGGGUGACUCACGGUGGUGCUGUUGAUGCGGGGUGCCGGGCCAACAUCCUCGAAGGACGACGACGACGACCGAGUGCCGGGAUUCGGGACCCCUUCUUUCGGGACUUGGCGCGUGCUCGACGUGCUCGAUCGAAGCAUUAGUCGACUAGUCGGUUGGUUGCGUUGAUGCCCGAUUGGCGAGCACGGAUUUGGAUUUCUGGUCAAGCCUAGGCCGAGAGGCCUCAGAGAUCAGGAGCAGGAGGGAGGUGGUGGAAGGCGAGGCGGACGAGGACUAGGAGGUGGUUUGAUUGACAUUUCCGCAAGUCGGGUUGGCCCUCGGACAUUAGAAAGAUGGGGAGUAGAAUGAAAGAGGACGAGAAAAAUGAGAGGAGUAUAAGAGCUCUUCUCAAGCAGACUGAGAACCGAAGAUGCAUCAACUGUGGAAGCCUGGGUCCUCAGUAUGUGUGCACAACUUUUUCCAUAUUCGUCUGCACCAAUUGCAGUGGCUUGCACCGAGAGUUCACUCAUCGGAUAAAAUCAGUGUCUAUGGCCAAAUUUACUGCGGAGGAAGUUAGAAAUUUGCAAGCUGGUGGGAAUGAGCGGGGACGUGAAAUAUUUUUAAAAGAUUUUGAUCUUCAACGAAAUUCUCUGCCAGAUAGCAGCAACCCUGAAAAGUUGCGUGACUUUAUAAAGGCCGUGUACGUUGAUAGGCGGUACACCGGAGACCGCGCUUUGCCUCCUAAAGGCCGUCAGGGAGACCGAGAAGAUAGUUAUGGUCGGAAUGAACCACGCCCAGAUCCCCGCUCAAGCCCUAGAGAUUAUAGAGCUGGAAAUGAUACUCGAAGUCCUUCUUAUGAAGACCGCUACGAUGAUCGCCGUGGCGUCGAAAGACGUAGAUCUGAUACUGAUAGGGGUCGAUAUGAUGAUCGGAGGUAUGACGAUCGUGUCGUGAGGUUUGAGGAAAAAAAGAGCCCAGGUCGGUUGGAUCCUGAUCCCCGGGCCAGAUACAAUCGGGGACAGUAUGAUGACCGCCAACAUGAUGAUAGGAGUCGGUACGACGAGCGAGAUAGGGAUCGACGAAAUUCUUAUGACGACCGAUUUGCAAAUGAAAGUCGCCAUGACAGGCGAAGAUCUGCAGAUGAUCGUAACUUUAAAGAUUUUGAUGGUGACAGUCCUCCUGUGCGUCCAGUUUCUGAAAUUCUUGGGGACAAUAUUCCCACCUUGCGUGUAGAAGAGUACCGCAAUACAAAUGGCCGUGAUAGCCGCGAUGCUCGCGACGAAGAUGACCGAUCUUCACUUGGGUCCCCUGCAAGUUCUGAUCCCCGGAGAGAGAUGCGGAUACCUAGGCUGGGGUCGUUUGGUAGUGCUAAUGGCAGUUCAAAUUCUUUGAACUCGGCCGCCAUCAAACGGGCGAGCUCUGGGAGCCUUAUUGAUUUCAAUGCGGACCCCGAACCUGCCGCACCUGCACAAGCAGCUCCUCCAGCUGCAGCAGAUCCUUUCGGGGUCUCUUCCGCUGCUGCUGCUGCUCCUCAACCCCAACCAGCAGCUGUGUCAUCAAGCAGCACAGGAUGGGCAGUAUUCGACCUGGCUCCUACAGGAACAACACCAGCUCCAGCUGAGGCACCACCAGCUGGGUAUCCCGAUGUUUUUGGGGCGUCUGCAAAUGGAGGCCAAUGGGCUGCAAGUGGUUGGCCCCCAAGUCAGCCUCAAGCACCAGCUGCUGCAGCUCCCCCGGUUGAUAACUGGGCUUCUUUAAUGGGACCAGCGGUGCAACCUCAAGCACCAGCUGCAACGCCUCAGCCAUGGAAUUCUUUUUCACCAGUAAACAAAGCACCAGUUGCACAGCAACAACCACAAUCACAGCCGCAGCAAGGCCUUCCCCCAGUGCAACAAGUACAACCGCAAGCUCAAUCUGGUUUGAAUCAAGAGCAACCCAACACUUCAGCUGGGUUUUCUGCUGCACCUAACGUGCCUCGCGAGUUGCCAAAGGAGCUAUUUGCAUCGCCUUUUCCAUCAGCAGGUGGAUAUGGAAUGGGUCCACCAAUGCCUGGAUACCCGCCUCCAGCCAUGCCUUAUAACCCUAUGGUAUCAAUGCCAAUGUAUCCGCAACAACCGAGAAGCAGAAAUCCUUUUGAUCUUCCGGCAGAAGCUGCACCAUCUAUGGGAGGUGGAGCGUUUCCCGGUAUGGGGUCACUGCAGGCAGCCUUACCAACCGGACCAUUUUCGAUGCCUGGCUCCGCUCCACCAACCAUGUCUAAUCAAUGGUCCAUGGGCCCUCAACAUGCAUCUUAUCCACAAGGUGGUGCUGCAGGAGGAAACGCAUUUGCUCAACUCUCAUCAAACUUCGGAGCUCAAUCUGGAAUGCCGGCUCAUUCUGUAGGACCAACUUUGGGACUUUCGAACUCAGGAAAUUACAACAACAUGCCACUAUUUGGUGCUGGCCAAUCGUUUAUGGGAGCAGGAAUGUCAGACUUCACCACUCAAAAUUCAGUGCGUCCUGUUGGUGGCAAUCCAUUCGGGUAGCCAGUAGGAUGGCCGACUAAUCUUGUGAGAUGAGUCUUGAAUUUUUUGCAGCCGCCGAUACAUAUAUUUGAAUUUCAUCAAGUUCUAAAGAGGUCAUCAUAUCCGUAUGCAAGUAAAGUGGUUCUUGGCACCUAGGCAGUCGUUAACUCGAGGAAGUUCUCAAGUUUGUAGUUUAAAAGAUGGACAGUCUCGACCUCUCUCUCUCUCUCAGUGACGGAGUAAAGCUUUCCAUCAUAUUGCUAUUCUCGAGAGACUUUUAUUCUAGAAAAGUAGCUCGUUGUGGAAUGGGUGAGAUGUUGGAGUAGAUUGUUCCCAUAUUAUUUGAUGGUGGCCGUCUCUUUAUGUACAUUGCAGGGCCUCCUGUUUUGUUGCCUAAACACGUUGCAGAAUGUGAAUCUUGUUUUCUGCAACUCUGCAUGUGUAUAUGGUUGUAGUGCUUGUCGAUGAGUCGAAUAAUCGUGCAACUAUCCUCC